UAUCCACGUGCAUGGAAAAGCUAGCAAAGAAUCGAAAACGUUUGUUUAUCCCGCCGCCUAUAAUGUAAUUAAAGGAAUAUAAUAUAUAUUUUAUUAUUUUUUUGAGGAGGGAAUUGAAACUUUAAGCUACCUGCUCUGUAUAGUAUAUAUAUAAGUAUAUGUGGAUCGGGCGCGAGCUAGCUUGAAAGUCAUAUCUGUAAUGAUAAACAAUGGCUUCUUCUUCAGUUGUUGGAGAAGCCUUCACGGCGUUCUACCACGGCUGGCUGCUCAAUCAGGACGCCAUUUUUGAGCAGCUUGAGUCCUUCUUGGCGGCGGCGCCGGAUGAUGAUGAACAAUGCAGUGGGUUGGUGGGUCGGGUUUUAGCGCAUUACCAGGAAUACUAUGCGGAGAAGACGAAAGCGGCGGAAGAGGAUGUUUUCGUGUUUUUCGCGGCGCCGUGGAUGAGCCGGCUGGAGCAGUCUUUUCUCUGGCUCUCCGGCUUCAAGCCGUCAAUGCUGUUGUGGGUGGUGGAGAGCUCGAUGGGAGGAGGGGCGUUGACGGAGGAGCAGUGGUGCAAGGUGGGAAUGCUGAGGGCGGAGACGGCGCGGGUGGAGAACGCGAUUUCUAAGGCCAUGGCGUCGGCUCAGGAGACGGUGGCGGCUCCGCCGAUGCUGGGGCUGUUGAAGAGGGAGGAGGAGCUGGUUGACGGCGAGGUGUCGCAGCUCGACGCCGUCAUGGGAGAUUUGAAGCAGUCAAUGGGGAGACUGAUGGGAAAUGCCGACGCGCUUCGCGGCUCCACUGCGUCGAAAAUUCUGGAGAUUUUGAAGCCCAAACAGGCCGUCAAGUUCCUGACGGCGGUGAUGAGGUGUCAACGCGAGGCCAGAAGGUGGGGUUUGUACAAGGAUUCUCAGCGUGAGGCCACGUCAACAUUAACGGAAUAAUUUAUUUUGAAAUGUGAUUUCUAGUGACCAUCAUUAUUACAUAGACCAUGUUGUUAGGUGAAUCAUAAAUAGAAAGUACAUUUUAAUAUAUUAAAAAUAUAUUAUUUGAGUA